GUGCCCAUCCACCACCCAAAGAUGAUGGCCAGGGGGAUGCCAGUUUUCCUGCUCCUCCUCUGGACAACACACACACCUCAAGGCACAGGAGUUCAGGUUUUGCCACCUGUUAACUUCACCCUCACAGUCUCUGCAUUAGCACAAGUGCUGUUACAGUGGGAGCCAAACCCUGCUCAGGAACAAAACAACUCCACCGUUAGAUACGAUGUGAAAAUCCUGAGCCCUGAGCCAGAAGAGUACGACACCAGGAGGACUCACAGUGUGCGAACUGCGGCGCUGCACAACGGCUUCUCCGCCCGCGUGCGCACCCUGCUCCUCCAGGAGGGCCUCCAGAUGAGCAGCGACUGGGUGGAGGGAAACCUCCCACCUCUGCCAGGUGCUGCAGAGACCUCUGUCACCAACCUGUCCUGUGUCACCCAUGUCACCAUCCCUGGCAAUGUCUCUCUCCGUUGCACUUGGCUCCCUGGCCAAGGGGCUCCAGAAGACACCAAAUACUUCCUGUUUUACAGGUAUGAGACCCACACAGAGGAAUGUCCCACUUACACCAAAGACAAGUGGAGCAGGAAUACUGAGUGCAGAUUUUCAAGUACUCAGAUCAAACCUGAUGAGAUUGACAACCUCGUUGUCAUUCACAUUAAUGGCUCCAGCAGACGUGCUGCAAUCAAGCCUUUCCAGCAGUUAUUUAACCAAAAUGCCAUUGAGAAAGUGAAUAUUCCCAGAAAUAUCAGCAUAUCCCUGGAGCAAAAUGAUCUCCUGGCCACGUGGGAGAAGCCAAUUUCUCCUUUCCAUGAGGAAUGUUUUGAAUAUGAAUUUUAUCUCAUCAACCUGAAGUCAGGAAACCAGCAGAUCCUGAGAAUCUCCUCCAGCAGUUUCCAGCUGUGGGUGGAUGCCAGCAGCAGAUAUUCCAUCAGGAUCAGGGCCAACCUCAACCACAUCUGCCGUGCCCCUGGAGUCUGGAGUGACUGGAGUGACACCAUUUAUGUUGGACAAAAUAAACUGGAGAGUUCCACAGCCUGGAUUCUCACUCUGCUCUGUGUGUCCACGUCCUGCACAUUGCUGCUUGCUGCCAUAAUAUGCCAAAUAAACCACGUUUGGAGGAAACUGUUCCCACCAAUCCCAACGCCCAGCAACAAAUUCCGAGACCCUUUCCCAACUGACUACGAGAGAGCACGGACCUGCCCCAGCUCCACGGAGACCGAGGUGGGCAGCCUGGCUGAAGGCCUCUCCUGCAGUGGCCUCGACGACUCCGUGUUCUGAGAGGCUCCACAACAUCACCCACCAGUGCUCUGUGUCACCUCUGUGUCCCUGCUCCCAGUGGGGAUGAGAAUUUGCCUCCACCAGGUGCCUUGUUACCAAACAGAAAGUUCCUGCUCAAGCAGGAUCGAGGUUCAUGGCACAAGGGCUGUGUAGGGAAAAACAAAGCUUGGAAAAGAGUCAAUGGAUUCAUUUUCUCUGGUUGGCACCUUAAUCUUUUGGAUGUUUGUUUUACCUUGCUCUGACAACUGGAGAUGCAAACUGGGUUUGGCACAGUCCUGUGGAUGCAGCAAGGUGGUCCUGGCAGUGACCAAGAGGGGUCAAACACUGGGAAGAGAAGAAAAAAAUGUGUGAAGUACCCAGUGCUGUCACCCCCAGUGCUGUCACCCCCAGGGCUGCACAGCAAGGCCACCAUGAGAGCCAGACACUCACCUGGCCUUUGCUGCUAUGCUUUGUAAUGAAACUGUGAAUUUCCACCUGAAUUUCCACCCUGGGCUCUGACCUCUCUGGCUGUGGCCCAUGGAGUUCUCCUGGUCUUGCAGAAUUCCUUCUAAUUCCAAGAAACUUCCUGUCCAUGGAGCAGGGUCACACACGUUAACAAAGAAUAAAAAUAAAGAUUUGAUCCAGCCAAAGUUCUUUCAAGGGUGCCUAAAGAAAUGGAGCUUCCAGAUACUAUAAACUAAAAAUAAUUAUAAUAAAUGAGCCAGUUCUCA